AACUUAGUACCUUAUCUAACGUUGGCGAUGGUGGUUUAGCCUCAUUCGCGCAUUCCACAUUAUUUACUUACCUACUUAACUAGUUUAUUACAUUUUUGAAUGUUACUUUGUAGUUAUUUUUACUUUUAAUGGAAGUGUUAGUGAUUUGUUUAUUAUUAUGUGUAUCAGGAGCUUAUGCGUAUACAGACGGCAGGAUCCGAGUUUUCAGUGACGACUUCCUCUUCGGCGCUGCCACUUCGGCGUACCAAGUGGAAGGUGCUUGGGAUUCAGAUGGCAAGGGUGAAAGCAUCUGGGACAGAUUUCUCCACGAGCAUCCCAAACUGAUACCCGAUGGUAGAAACGGGGAUGUGGCUUGCGAUUCCUAUCACAACUAUGAGAGAGAUGUGGAGAUGCUGCGAGAGCUGGGCGUGGACCACUACAGGUUCUCUAUAUCGUGGCCUAGGAUACUGCCUGGUGGUUUCUCCAACAAAAUAAACAAGAAAGGCCUCGAAUAUUACGACAAAUUAAUCGACGAACUCCUCAAAUACAACAUCAAGCCAAUGAUAACCUUAUACCACUUCGAUUUACCACAAACCUUACAGGACUUGGGAGGCUGGGCCAACCCUUUGAGUGUCCAAUGGUUUGAGGAGUACGCCAAAGUGGUCUUUGAGCAGUUUGCUCAUAAGGUCCCUUAUUGGAUAACGAUAAAUCAACCCAGCUUCAUCUGUGUGGAGGGGUAUGGAGGGAAAGAAAAUGCUCCGGGUAUUGGUUCAAGUGGGAUUGGUGAUUACAUGUGCAUUAAGAACGUUAUGCUGGCGCAUGCAAAGGUUUAUAGAUUGUAUGAAAUGGAAUAUAAGGAGAAGUUUAAAGGUUCCGUUGGUAUAUCUCUUUCUCUGAACUGGGCGGAUCCUUUCACCAAUAGUACUGAAAACGUCCAGGCUGCUGAUUUAUAUAGGGACUUUACUAUCGGGUUGUACAUGAAUCCAAUAUGGUCGAAAGAUGGCGACUUUCCCCGAACAGUCAAAGAUCUUAUUUUGGAAAGAAGCAAAGCGCAGGGUUACCGCCACUCCAGGUUACCUGUUUUGAACCCUGACGAGAUUACACUUUUGAAGGGUUCAGCAGACUUCCUGGGGGUGAAUCAUUACACCACCUUCCUGGUGAAGGCCACAGACCAAGUAUACCCAAAUCCAUCUAUGGAUGAUGAUAUUGGUGUGGAGUUGACAUAUCGACCUGAGUGGAAAACGUCGCAGUCUAAAUGGCUUCGGAGUGCGCCCUACGGAAUAUAUAAGCUAUGUCUCCACCUCAACAAAGUAUAUGACUACCCUACAAUGAUCAUCACAGAACACGGCUGGUCGACCAAGAAACUGCUAAAGGAUAACUCCCGUGUGAAGAAUAUGAGGGAGUUCUUCAAGGCCUUGCUGCUGGGGAUUGAGGAUGGAGCGAGGGUCAAAGGUUACACUGCUUGGAGUCUGAUGGAUAAUGUGGAGUGGGCGGCGGGCACUAGCGAGCGUUUUGGUCUCUACGAAGUGGAUUUCGAGUCUACAGAAAAGACGAGAGCCCCGAGAGUAUCAGCACUAGUUUACAAGAGAAUAAUCGAGAAAAGAUUCGUGGAACCUGACUGGAAACCUGAUAGUUUGAACAUUGCCAUUACUAAGUCAAAGGCCAACAGUAAAGAGUUAUGAAAAUAUAAUCUUAUUUUACUGACUACUCAAAUAAUGAUAUUAUUUGAGUAUUUAGUAAAAUAAGAUAGUUAUAUUAUUAUAAUUUAACAACUGGACUUUAGUAAAAAGCUUCGUGAAAAACUGCUAAAGUUACAUAACUUGAUAGUCAUUUGGAAAAUGGGGAAAAUUUAACAUCGCCAUCUAUUGACAAUUGCUUGUACUACGUAGUAAAGUAAUGUACCUAAAGACGCCGUCUAUAAGUACAAUUUUUUGACACAACUAUUCUAUUCACCGGUAGAUGGCGUUAAUUAUAUUUAGUGGCAACAUUUCAUUGUGUACUGUGUAGUCUACUUGAUACUAGAUGUCGCUAGAAGUAAUUUUGAAAUAAAAAUAUUUU